CACAGUGCUUGAUCGAUUUUUAUUUGUCAUUUUCCACAAUCGUAGUUUUUUUUUCAGACCACAAAAAAAAAAAAAAUAAUAAAAAACUAUAUUGCGAUAGUGUGAAUAAUUUAUAAAAAAAAUUCCUUAAACUUAUAUCAAUCUGGCUUGAUCUUCACAACAAAAUGUCGGAAGUAAUAAAAAUGGAAAAGUGUGAUUUAAUAAUGGAAUCAAUUCCUUUGCUCACUUCGUGCUCAUAUCUCGUGGAAAGAAUUAAAACUGAGGACGGCCCGAUAUCGACUGUCGCUGCCUCCUCCACUUUUACCCCCUCUGACACUUAUUCACUAUCGUCAUUUCUAGCAAAUGACAACGAUCAAGCAACUUUAGAAAAUAUAGAAAACUUGGAAAAUUCCGAUCUGAUCAGUAGCAGCAACACGAGCAGUGAUGUCCACUCAAGUGACUCAGCAUUCGAGAGUUUCCAGAUCAGCAGCAAUGACGACAACAACGGCCUUUUGGUACUUGAUGUUGCCGAUCUAGAUCUCGACCAUGAUCACCAUCAUCAACUGUCACAGAGUAAUAGUGAACCAUCAGAGCUUCUAGGUCGUUAUAGAUGCAAUUAUGAAAAUUGUACAAGGAGCUAUAGCACAAUUGGAAAUUUGCGAACACAUCUUAAGACUCAUCGAGGAGACUAUCGCUUUAAAUGCAACGAAGAAGGAUGUGGAAAAGCUUUUUUGACGUCAUAUAGUCUGAAGAUUCAUAUCCGUGUUCAUACCAAGAUAAAGCCAUAUGAAUGUGAAGUUGUAGGAUGUGACAAAGCAUUCAAUACAAGAUACAGAUUACAUGCUCACUUGCGUCUUCACAAUGGAAAAACAUUUAACUGUGAGCAAUGUCAAAAGUGUUUCACAACUUUGAGCGACCUUAAGAAGCAUAUGCGCACACAUACUCAAGAGCGUCCAUAUCGUUGUCCUGAAGACACCUGUGGAAAGGCGUUCACAGCUUCGCAUCAUUUGAAAACUCACAUUCGUACACACACCGGAGAAAGACCAUAUCCUUGUCAGGAAAACAGUUGCCAAAAAUCCUUCAGCACUUCACAUAGCCUAAAGUCACAUAAAAAAACGCACCAAAGACAAACAGAACCACGAAAGAUGCGCAAACGCAAGUCAAAGCGUUGCAAUAGUCCAAAUAGCCUUACACACUCGUGCUCACAAAGUGAGAACGAGAGUAGUGGCUUUAUCGAUGAUAGUCUUACAAAUGAGUCAAAGGAAGGAUUUGCAACUCAAAUUAAAACUGAAUCGAUUGUUUUCCAACAGCCACAAUCAACUGAAGAGGGAGAAAAUAAAUCCCAACCAAUGGAUGAAACACUCUAUGCUCCUAAAAAAACUUCACAAGCUAUUCAAUUGGCUUAUGCAUCUGAAGAAGAAAUUCCAAUGCCAUGGUUUGAUACAGGCGUACUUGCUUCAAAACCAAUAGUUCCAAUGGCCAGAGUUACUCCAGCUUGUGUUGCACUUCCAACAGCACUACCUAGUUUUGUUGAUCUACCAAUAUCAAAUUCGAACAUAGCUCCUACAACAGUUCUUCCUCCAGAGAAACUAGAUAUUAUGCGUAUGGAAUCACAAUUGCCAUAUCAAACAUCUACGAAUUCAAUGGAAGAUAUUAAAAUGGACGAAGCAAAUGCAAUUAGUGGUUUUGAAAUGAACAACAUGCAGCCACAAGCUGUCGAGGUUACAUAUAUGGAUGCUCCUCCAGCAGAUUAUGGUACCAUUAAUAACAACAACAACCAAAAUAAUCAAUCAACUAAUAUGGACAUUGACUCUUACUUUGUUCAGUUUGAUCAUUCCAAUCAUAAUACAAAUUCUGUUGCUGUUCCAACGGCUGAAGCAAACGGAUAUGCAAAUUCAACGGACAAUCUUGAGUCACUCUUAAACGAAACUGUACCAUCUGAAUCAUCAUAUCCACAGCCAGAUCUCGAAACUGAAUCAUUGCUGAAUGACAUUUUGAUGGCUAUCGAAGGUAACCAGAAGGAAUUCCCAGCCGAAGAAGAGCAGAAUGCUCCUGAAAAGCCAACAACUUUGAAACAAAUAACAGCCGAUGCUGGAAUUUGCAGUUGUACCAAUUGCAAAUGCGAUCAAACUCUAGGGUGCCAGGGUGGAUGUUCUAAUGAGAAGGCAUGCCAUCGUAAGAAGUCUACAAAAUGUUCUGACAAAGCUCAGGCAGAUACAACUUCUAAACUAACUUCAAAUUGCUGUCAAACCAAAAAACCCGAACCACCUCAAACCAAAGGGUGUUGUGGUGAGAAAAAACCCGAGUUCAAUGAGCCACCACCGGCUGCAACUGGUGGAUGUUGUGGGGAUAAGAAAUCCCAAGUUAAUCAAAAUAUUGAAGAUGUGGCUUUGUUGAUUCAAAACCUCGCUUCAAUGGGAACCGGAGGAGGUGGUUGCUGCUCUACAAACCCAGCACCGAUUGAAACAGUUGGAGGUGGUUGCUGCUCUACAAAACCAGCACCGAUCGAAACAGUUGGAGGUGGUUGCUGUUCUACAAAACCAGCAUCUCCACCGAAGCAAUGCGGAGGUGCUUCAAACUGUGUUCCGAUGGCACCUCCAACUGUGAAACCAUCUUCAGGUUGUUGCUCCAAAAAAGCUCCGAAAGAAACUACCACUCCAAAAGUGACAGAAGUUACGAAGAAUUCAUCAUGCACUUGCAAAUCUCCAGCCGAAGGAGUCGCAAAUGGCUGUUGCGUUGUCAUAUGCAUGAAGACACUUCAAGCUCUUCGAAGAUUACUCACUCGCAAAAACAUUAAUCUUAUGUUGUGCCCCAAUCAGGGUCAAGCAAGUGGUGUAGCAUCGAAGUAAGAUUUUUAAAAAUUCAUCUGUAAUAGCGACGAACCAAAGAACAAAGUGCAUACUAACAAUAUUACACUAAAACCUACGAUCAAUGACCAGUUAAGAUAACCAACAAAUAUGUGCAUUUUAAUGCUUUACUUUGUCUAUUUCUUCCUAAGAAAUUUGUAUUUUUUACUUCUUUAUUUUUUUGUUUUGUUUUAUUAAAUUAGAUUUUUUAUUUGUUGUUAUGCUAUUAAGCCAAAUCAAAUAGUUUAUAAAUAUAAACAUGCCGUUAUUAUGCUU